GUUGUGAGCUGUGCAUGUGUGUUUAGUUGCUGUUUUCGCGCCAAUUUUGUCGGUGACAAUGGCAGUGACGAACCGGGACUUAUUUGGGAUAGCGCGCGGUCGCUGCAAGGAGUCAUUUUGUGACUGUGAGCGAUACAGGGUUCUGAGUUCGGCGAACAUUCGCUGUGACUACUGUGAUCACUGCCCCGGAUCGCAUGGAAAAUUAGACGAACUUGACAGCACUCCUUGGACUGGGGCCUGGCAUGUUCGCGGCACAGAUGCUACUGAAGCUUCUGAACCGCAAGAAUCUGGAGGAAACUGUGCAAAUGCAGACUUAUGUACCACAGCUCCUGGUGAAACAGUUGAGAGCAGCAGCUUACAACGCGCCAAUGACUUGUCCCUUCUGCCUACAAGAAGCACAAAUGAUCUGUCACUGCUGCCUAAUACAAGCACCAGGGACCUGUCCUUGCUGCCUUCGAGAACCGCCAAUGACCUGUCCUUGCCACCUACGAGAAGCACCAAUGAUCUGCCACUGCUACCUACGAAAAGCCAGGAAUUCUUUGAGUGGCUUCUUGAGAACUUGCCUACAUUUUCUCCGUGUGUGCAACCGCUCCUUGAGGGGAAAGUGCUUUCACAAAGACAGCACAAACAGCUAUGUCGCCAGCUCCGGACAGAAAUCGCACUCUUCUUAGAUGAGAAUGAUAUAAUCACCAGCAGCAACACUGCCCAAUGUCGUUGGAUGUACAAGGCCCUUGGAGAUGCUCUUGUAAAGAUGUACCCACACCUGAUGUGGGAUGAACCAAAGCCUGAAAGCCGGCUGCAGAAAACAAGAAGCCAGGUUUAUGAGUCAGUGCUUAUGUUUAUAACAGGUAAUGAGUGUGCAUAG